AGUAAUUCGUUACUUUUCUUUAGGAAAAACUUUUUUUUAAAGCACUACUAGUUAAACGUGUAAUACAAUGUACCAAAAAAAAUUGAAAUGAGAAGUCGACAUUAUAAAGUCCAUUAAAUCUGUCCCCUCUUGUUCUGCGCCCAUGUUGCUGGCUUCUUGUUCACCUUGAUCGUCAUUUGCUGUGUGAAUUCUUUGGGAGAAUGUCGAAGCCAACGCUGUACUACGCCCUUUUUAGCCCUCCGGCCAGGGCUUGCAUCCUGGUGGCCAAAAUUAUUGGCCUGGACCUGGACCUCAAACCCGUCGACUUCGCUAAGAAGGAACACCUGAGCGAGGAAUUUGUCAAGCUAAACCCCCAACACCAGGUCCCCGUGUUUGUGGACAGCGAUGGCGAGGUCUACGUGGACAGUCACGCCAUCGUGUCCUUCCUGGUGGCCAAGUACUCCGGAGAUGACCAACUCUACCCGCGGGAUCUGAAAAGGAGAGCCCAUAUUGACCAUCGCAUGCACUACGAGAACGGAGUGCUGUUCCAGGUGGUAAAGGACAUUGUGGCUCGGAACAUUUACGGUGGAGAGGGGGAAUACAACCCCCGAUCUUUGACCCUCUGCCACAAUGCGUACUCCGACUUGGAGCACUUUCUGGAGAAGGGAAGUUUCGUUGUGGGCAACGAACUAAGCGUUGCCGACGUGUCCAUCCAUACCACUGUGGUGACCUUGGAUCUGCUCAUACCAGUCGACCGGGAGAAGUACCCGAAGACUAAAGGAUGGAUGGAACGCAUGGAUAAGUUGUUGCCCGACAACGAGGAGAUCAACCUUAAGGGUGCGCGGGCACUGCAGACCCGCAUCCUAAGCUGCAUGGCCGAGAACAAAUUAAAAAACCAGUAGAUCCUCUCUUAAUGAGGCUCCCAUGUUACACAUUCACUUUUUGUGUCCCUUCUGUGGUAAAAAAAAUAUAUAGACUUCCGGCUAAUACUCAUAUAGAGCAAAAGAUAUUAA